AUGCGUUUCCUCUCUGACGACCGCAAGGUCGAAUCAAAGGCCCCCUGCAUGAAGGUCAUUGCUGCCGGCCUAUCCCGUUGCGCCACUAGUUCCCUCCAGGCCGCCCUGGAGUCUGACGUCCUGGGCUACGAGCCAUGCAUGCACAUGGCUCACAUCGCACCCCACGCCGAUCGCGAGAAGCUGAUUCUCGCUGCCCUCAAGGAAACCAACACCAAGGAGCGCCAGAAGAUCCUCCACAAAGCCUUCGACGGCUACCAAGCCACCUCCGACUUCCCUGGAUGGGUCUUUACUGACGACCUGAUGGACAUGUACCCGGAUGCCAUCGUCAUCCUGAACCAGCGUCAGAGCGCAGAGGCCUGGCUGCAGAGCAUCGGACAGAGCCUCCAGUUCUUCGGGACCAUGUGGUACUACGUGCCCACCUUUCUGUGGCAGACGGACCGGCUUCACUAUUGGUUGCACAUUCGCGCGUACCAGCGUCUCAAGGAAAGAUUUCCCAGUAUCGAGGGUCUAUACACCACCCAAUUUUACCACCUGCACAAUGAAUGGGUGAGAGAGGAAGCCAAGAAGCGUGGGCGGAAGGUUGUAGAGUGGUACCCCUCAGAUGGUUGGAACCCGGUCUGCGAGGCCCUUGGCAAGGCGCCGCCCAAGGAUGGUCGACCAUUUCCCCGUCUCAAUGACUCAGCUCAGAUGAAAAUGGUCAAGAGGAUCCUCGUUGGAAGGGGGCUUAUCUCAUGGGUAGUUUUGGGGGCCGCCCUGUGGGCGGGGUGGACAUAUGGCCCAGGUCUGGUACGGGAGUAUCUCUAG